CAGCGAUCUGAUUGGUUGCUAUGGGCAACUGGGCAACUUUUCCUCUGGACGGGUUUUGAUAAAUCUCCCCCAAUAUGUUAUACUUCUGUUUUCACGUACAUAUCACAGUGAUGUCUAGUGGUACGCCCCCCGCACCUGAGAGCUUUGGCUCUCGCUCCCCGCACCUCCAGCUAUUGACUUGCCGUCUGCUGUAUGGACACUUGGAAUAAAGCAUCGUUUGGCAAAUACUUCUCAGCGGGUAAUGGCCGUACUCCCCGUCCUCGGUCUGCUCUCCGUUAUUAAAGGAGAAGUAUGCUACGACCGUCUGGGGUGCUUUACUAACAAAGCUCCAUGGUCUGGAACGCUACAGAGAGCGAUAAGACGCUUACCCUGGGCUCCGGAGAAGAUUAACACUCGGUUCCUGCUCUACACCAGGGACAAUCCGAACAAAUAUCAGAAUGUCAGCGCCAUCAAUCGUGAUACAAUCUCUAAAUCCAACUUUCGACCAUAUCGGAAAACUCACUUUAUUAUCCAUGGAUUCAUUAAUAAUGGGGAGACAAGCUGGAUGGUGGACAUGUGCAAGGCCAUGUUACAUGUGGAGGACGUCAAUUGUUUCUGCGUUGAUUGGGGCGGCGGCUCACGGACUCUGUACACUCAGGCGGCCAAUAACAUCCGAGUGGUGGGGGCAGAAGUCGCCUUUUUCGUUAAUGCUCUCGGGGAAAUAUUUAAAUAUGACCCAUCUAAAGUUCACCUUAUUGGGCACAGUCUGGGGGCGCACGCUGCUGGCGAAGCUGGAAAAACACGACCGGGAAUUGGAAGGAUAACUGGACUGGAUUCCGCUCAGCCGUAUUUCCAGAACACCCCUCCCGAGGUCAGAUUGGAUCCUUCCGAUGCUCUUCUCGUUGAUGCCAUUCACACUGAUGCCACAUCAACUAUACUCAAACUAGGUACCGGAGGGUACGGGAUGAGUCAGACGGUUGGUCAUCUGGAUUUCUUUCCAAAUGGAGGGAAAAAAAUGCCAGGAUGUAAGAAGAAUGAGGUCAUCAGUCAUGUGAACCCCGAUGACAUUGCACCGACUGUUGAUGAAUUAGUCGCCUGUAAUCACAUGAGGAGCUACAGGUAUUACACCGAGAGCAUCAGAAACCCUGAUGGCUUCAUUGGAUUCCCGAGCUCUUCAUAUGACGCCUUCAUAGCCGGGGAGGGAUUCCCGUGUCCCGGUGGUGGCUGCCCAUGGAUGGGACACUACGCUGAUCAAUACCGAGGAGUCACAUCCAACACUCAGACAUUUUACCUAAACACAGGAGACCAGACAACAUUUUCUCGCUGGAGAUACAAGGUGUCCGUCCGCACUGCUGGGAGCUCCAGUGUUUGGGGAAAUGUCGCUGUGUCUGUACAGGGGUCUAAUGGAAAUAUCCCAGACUACACUGUAUACAAGGGACUCCUUAGACCGGACACAGUGUACACAGCUUUCAUAGAUGCCGAGGCCAACAUCGGAUCCAUCUCUAAAGUGACAUUCGUCUGGCACAGUAACCUACCCAAUAUUUUCCACCGCACAUUGGGCGCCUCCUCCGUGACCGUACAGUUCGGGAAGAACGGAGCAGUGAUCUCAUUCUGCGACCAUGUGACUGUGCCGAAUGGCAUUCACCAAGUUAUCAGCCCCUGCGCCUCUCCUCUGCCUGUACACUAAUACUUGUUGAUGUAGCAGAGCUGAAGAAGUCAUUCGACAUGACCUAUAGAGACAUCUGAUGUGUUAUAUGUCACAUGACUCUAGAUACCAGCUGGAUACAAUACCAUAGUGACUGAAUAGGAAAAAUAAUUUACUUUACACUCACUAAGAAUCGUCUACCGUCUUAUCGUCUACAAUGUUAUUUGUAGGUUUCCUACUCCACUGCCAGUUCUCUGCACCGAGCUGUUGCAGAACAUCUAAUUUCUCAGCAGACUAUCACAUCAUUGAGGUUGUAGCACCAGCUGUAUUCAUUCACUGUCUGUUCCUCUGCCUGUGGCAUUGCUCAGCACAAGAUACCAAACUGUAACCACACAUCUUUUCUAAAUAUCCCAUUAAAGAUAUAUAUGUGCAUGUGUAUAUAACAGGGAGAUGG